CAAGAUUGUAACAUCAACAGUAGUAGUGGAAUACCUGUCAUGUUACUGGCACUGAGUGUUUUGCUGCUUAUAUUCCCUGCAACUCUUUCUGCUCCAGUCAGAGAUGACUGUACCACAGGCAAAAACAAACUACUACUAAUCAGCUUUGAUGGGUUCAGGUGGGACUACGACCGAGAUGUGGACACCCCAAACCUGGACAAAAUGGCUGAGGAAGGAGUCAAGCCACCUUUCCUGACCAUCACUAGUCCUACACACUUCACCUUGUUAUCUGGAAGGUACAUUGAGAACCAUGGUGUGACUCAUAAUAAUUGGUUUAAUACAACCACACAAGAGAAGAAACAAUACUACAUGAUGCAGCUUGUGGAUGAAUAUUGGGAUAAUGGCAGUCUACCCAUUUGGAUCACCACUCAAAGACAGGGUCUUAAAACAGGAUCUUUACACUUCCCUGGAACUGCGGCCACUUACCAGAACGAAACAAUCCAAGUGAAGGAGGUGGAACCGAGGUUUAAUGACCGCACCAAUGAAACGGCAUGGAGGGAAAAUGUGGAUAAAGUCCUAAAGGAAUGGUUUAAAGAUCAAGACUUAGAUUUUGUCACUUUGUAUUUUGGUGACCCAGAUUCUACCGGCCACAAGUACGAGCCUGACUCUCCUGAGCGGCGUGAGGCGGUCAAGAAAGUGGACCGCACUGUGGGCUACAUACGAGAAACUGCUGAGAAACACGGACUCAGUGACCAUCUGAAUAUUAUCAUCACAGCUGACCAUGGCAUGAGCACCGUGUUCAAAGGAGAGGAUGUAAAAGAGAUAAUACUCAAUGACAUCCCUGGAUUCUCUUUGAAAGAUCUGAAAUUCUGAAGCCUUUCUUCAGGGCAGUAGGACCAGAUUUCCACAGAAACUUGUUGGUUGGACCAUUUGAGACGUCAAUGUUUACCCUCUAAUGUGCCACUUACUGGGGAUAAAGCCAGAAAUCAAUAACAGGUCACUGGAUAACACCCGACACAUGCUGUUAUCCAAUGGAGAGUCAUGUGAAUCUGGAGAUGUUCCCAAGUCAAGUCUUCAUAACGUGUUUGUUGGUCUUCCUGCUGUGGCUGGAUUUUUACUGCUUGUGUUUGUGGUUGUUACAUCCUACAACAUGUAUAAAAGACGGAAAGCGAAUAUGAGAACGAAAGUCAUAGAUGAUAAGGACCAGAUAAAAGUUGACUACAUGCAAACAUUCAUUUAUUCUUGAAUUGCUUAUCAUUUAAUACUACAGUGGGAUCCAAAAAUCUGAGACCACAUUAAGACAACAUUUAAGGCCUUUUUUCCCAUUUAAACCUUGGUGUAAGGUUUUAGGCAUUUGGAUGGAUGGAAAAAUAAAUAAAUAUUUUAAAAUAUUUUCUAUUUAAGUAUUCACAUCAAGGCAUCUCAAGUACACGUGU